AUGUCACAACAACCACGAGGAAACCGACUGGCAAAGGAAGAAAACCUAAACAGGAUGGAGAUGAUGAGCAUGGGAAAAAGGCCAAAGAUGAAUCACCGCAAAGGAAGAAAACAUCGAUUUCAUCAAGUUUUAAGAGCCAGGAAGGCCUCUGCUCCGAAAACGCCAUCGACUAGCAGGGGACGAUCAGAGUCGCGCCGUAAAGGGAAGGACCGGCGCGCAUCGAAAGAAUUUGGAGGAUCUAAAGGAACAAGUCCUUAUUCCAAAUCGAGAAGUGGCUCAAAGAAAAAAUCUGUUUCUCCUUACUACGAUCUAGCAAAGCUCCAAAAAGGCACCCGAAAGAGAUGA